UGUAUGUUUACAAUUUAUUUUACUCUAAGUUCUUGUUUAUAACUGUACGAUCUGAGUAAAUCAACCAAUUCUGACCCUGUAGUAGUGACAUGUCCAUGUUAUACAUGCCACCGUACCAAUUAGAGGAGCAUCAUUUGUAUACGACAGCUACACGAAUCCAGAGACACUAUGAGCCGAGGCUCGGGUACAGUGCUGAGGCCGAAGCUGAAGAAAGUUACGUACCGCAUCCCCACACGCCUCUCUUCUACGUGAAAUUCUUGGUGCAGUUCGUCGUCUUAGUGAUGGGACUGGUUGGCAACGCAUUGACAAUUUUCAUCUUCGUCCGUCACAGGAAGAUCCGAUCUGCCACCAACACGUACAUCAUCAGCAUCGCCGUGACCGACCUGUUGGUGACAAUCACCUGUCCUCUCGUUAUGAUAGUAAUGGACCUGGCCGGUACUUGGUCUCUGGGUGCCGUAACUUGCAAGUUCUCUCAGGCCACCAUGGAGUUCUCUACAUGCGCCACUGUACUCACCCUCACGGCCGUUAGUGUCGAGCGGUAUUAUGCGAUCGUCCACCCUAUCGAGCGGUACCUUUCCACCCAGAGAUUCACAAUUGUGGCCAAUCUACUUGUAUGGAUGGUGGCCGUGCUGGUUUCCAUCCCGAAGUUCGUCAGUUCUGGCAUCCGACAAGAACAGUUGAAUGGCACACGAGGUUAUACGAUUGUGUUGCGAUGUGCUUUUGUCAGUGAAAGUCCAGCAGCCCGAUACUUUUCUUUGACUCAAUUUAUAAUGUUCUACGUGAUUCCUUUCUUCGUGGUGGUUUCGAUGUACAGGACUGUGUCCAGGCGUCUCUUGGAGAACUCGAGGCAGAUGUUCAGCCGCUUGUCGACAGCUGGUCAGCUCCGCCAGGCGAACUUGAAUAGUAAAGUCGUGAUGAUGGUGAAAGUACUUUCGGCCAUAUUUUUUGUCAGCUUUCUGCCUUAUAAUGUUCUCAGGCUGAAGAUAUAUUUUGGUGGAAAUGAAAAAUUCUGGAACACUGCUGCGUCUUAUGCUUACUGUUUCGGGUGUUUACAUUUCUGGUUGAACCCGAUAGCCAUGUAUCUACUCUGCGACACUUUCAGGCAAUACUAUAACCAGUAUUUGUUUUGUUGUUUCUUCCGUUGGAAGACAAAAGACGUGGUGACCCCAGAGGAAAAGGACGGGAAUGUACCUCCAGAUACUACAGUUACCAAUCUGCUUAAUAGUGAUACUAUGUUACAAAAUAAUGAUACAGAUCAUCAUUACGAAACUAUAGAGAUAAGAACAAUAAAGUAAUUGUAUGAUAAGUAAA